GUGUCCUCCCCCCGGAAAUGGCUUCACCACUCCGCCCCGCCCCGGGCAGCGUAGUGUGAGGUGCGGCAUGAGCCUUCUUGCUAGGAGCGGCGGCCUGGGGCCGCUGUGCGCGGCUACUCGCGCGGUUCUUCCCGGUCUCUGGAGAGGGAAAUACUUCAGCUCCGGGGGAGAGCCGGCAGAAAACCAGGUGACACCAAUGCUGCGGCACCUUAUAUACAAAAUCAAGGCAACUGGCCCCAUCACUGUAGCCGAGUACAUGAAGGAGGUCUUGACCAACCCUGCCAAGGGAUAUUAUGUGUACCGUGACAUGCUAGGAGAAAAAGGAGAUUUCAUUACUUCACCGGAAAUAAGUCAGAUCUUUGGGGAGCUGCUAGGUAUAUGGUUCAUUAGUGAAUGGAUGGCCACUGGAAAAAAUGCAGCUUUCCAGCUUGUGGAAUUGGGUCCAGGAAAGGGUACCCUCACAGGAGAUAUUUUGAGGGUGUUCAGUCAGCUUGGAUCUGUGCUGAAAAACUGUGACAUUUCAAUACAUCUGGUAGAGGUGAGCGAAAAAUUGAGUGAGAUUCAAGCAUUAACACUGACGGAAGAGAAGAUCCCGCUAGAGCGGAAUGCUGAGUCCCCCAUAUGUAUGAGAGGUGUUACUAAAUCUGGGAUUCCAAUCUCGUGGUACCGAGAUCUGCACGAUGUUCCAAAAGGGUACAGCUUUUAUCUGGCGCAUGAAUUUUUUGACGUUCUUCCUGUGCACAAGUUCCAGAAAACACCCCAAGGAUGGCGAGAAGUACUCAUUGAUAUCGACCCACAAGUUUCUGAUAAGCUGCGGUUUGUUUUGGCACCUGGUGUCACGCCAGCAGAAGUCUUCAUACAACGUGAUGAAAUGAGGGAUCACGUGGAAGUGUGUCCUGAGGCCGGUGUUAUCAUUCAGGAGCUUUCUCAGCGCAUCGCACUAACCGGAGGUGCAGCACUGAUCGCCGAUUAUGGUCAUGAGGGAACGAAGACAGACACCUUCAGAGGGUUUUGUGGCCACAAGCUUCAUGACGUCCUGACUGCCCCUGGAACGGCGGACCUCACAGCCGAUGUGGACUUCAGUUAUCUGCGCAGAAUGGCAGGGGGACAAGUAGCUUCUCUUGGGCCAAUAAAACAACAGAUGUUUUUAAAAAAUAUGGGCAUUGAUGUCCGGCUGAAGGUUCUUUUAGACAAAUCAGAUGAGCCAGCCAGGCAGCAGUUACUUCAUGGGUAUGAUAUGUUAAUGAAUCCUCAGAAGAUGGGAGAAAGAUUUAAUUUUUUUGCCUUGCUGCCUCAUCAGAGACUUCACGGGAGAAGCCAUCCGAUGGAUGCGUGCCAGUCGAAGCCCUCUGUGUCACCUGUAGCUGGGUUUGGUGAACUUACCUGGCGGUGAUCUCAGUGUGGUCAUUUUACCCCUAAGUCUGCCUAAGAAAGCAAAAUAAAGGGACAUGUUUCAUAUAUCACAGGUAAAAUAAGUAUUACAAUAUUUUAUGUCUUUAUCACCAAUAAAAAUGGACGGUCUUACAUACAGUACAAUUAAAUAUUGAUCUUUUACGGCUGUGUCUGGCUUUUGGCACAAUUGUGUGCUUUUGGCUUAAUGAAACAAGUUACUGAGAAACUAAGUGUGCUUUAUUAAGGCUAGUUGCUGUAUUUUUAUUUUAAAAAAUAAACAUGAACACUGACCGGUUUAGCAAAAACUGAAACCUAAUUGGCCUUUCAUAGGGAAUGGAUUAAAUAGAACUAUUCAUAUAUUAUUUUUUAAAAAUGAGGUAGAGCAGUAUGUUCUGACUCAUCUCUAAGAAUAUGGGAAGUGAAAAAAGUAUAGUGGAGAAUGUUUUAUAGUUAUGAUUCCAUUUUUGUUGGGGGAAAAACUACAUUUAAAGAAAUGCUUGUUACUAAUUUCAUAAAAAUUAAUAUAUUAGUGCAGACUGGUUGUUUUCUGUGGUGGUUCUUGUAUAUAAAAUGUAAGGAAAGGAUGCCUAGUAAUCACUAUUAAAUAUCCCAUUGUGGAAGUGGGUUUUCAGGGUGGAAAUUGUUCUCCUUUGUGGUAAAUUUUCUACCCUCUACUUCUGUGAAUUUUAUAAUUAAAAAACUUUAGGGGUG